AUGUAUUGCGAAGAAGUGUUAAAUACUAAAGACAAGCAAGAUAUAUUGAGCUUAUUAAAAAGUGUCUCAUUUUAUGAGCCUAAAAAUGUUUAAACAGAUCUUAAUCUUUAUUAAAAGCUAUUGCAGACCCGUAAAAAUGUUUUAAUACGCUUCUUCGAAGGGGCAUUUCUACAAAGAUAGUGCUUUAAUUAUACUCUCCAUGAAUAUAAAUACUUGCAAGAGUGCAUAGCUAAUCCUAAAAAGAUAUUAUCUCAGUCAUAGAUAAAUCAAAUCAUCUAGGUUCUUGAAAGCGAAAACUAAGAUAACUCCUACUAUCUUAAUGAGCUUGAAAAGCAUGCUAACACUGAUAAGCAACCUCUGACUUUCUUUGAUAAUAGUUUUUUCCGAAGCAGCAGCUUUUAAACUAUUUAUCUGAAUGAGUAUCACAAACAGAUUGCAAAUAAAAUGAAUCAUUAAGCACAAAAUUAAGUAAUUUAGUCACUUUAAUUGUCUAAAGAUUUAGAAGAAACUAACUAAGCAGUUUAGGCAGCACCUAUGAAUACCAUUGUACAAGACACAAAGGUAUAGAAUUUAGUGAUAACUCUUGAAGAAUUCUCUAUAGUUCAAAAGACAAUGAUUAAAAACUCUCACAAAAUAAGCUAUGUCUCACAAAUACCUUCUACGACUUUGAAUUUAAAAGCCUAUUUAAAAAACCUUUUUUAAGUGAUAGAAGUUCAAAUAUCAUCUGAGCUUGAUCUUGUAUCUCAGCGAGAGUUUCUCUAGUUUUUGUAAGAUAAUCCGUUUUUACAAAAGCUAUCUGCCAAUUUAGCAAGUCCAAUUUAGAAUGAGAUCCUCAGCACGAUUUCAAACCACCCUCAUUUAAAAUAUAUAUCUCUUCAUGUUCACUCAAUAGAUAAGAGGAUAAAAUAAAUAAAAUAGCUAAAACGUUUAACGAUACGGCCUGAAAUGAUUUAUAAUGUAGAGGAAAUGAUAAAUCCUCAGAAUAUCAUAUUAUAAUUUGAAAUUAAAAACAUUCGAUUUAAUUAGCAAGUCAUAUCCAUACUUAAUAAAUUUCCAUCAGUUUUUUUAACUUGUUGCAACAACUUUUAUACCUUAGCAUAAACCAUCUUUAGAGAUUUAACUAAACAAGAGCAAGUAAAUCUAAUGAAAUACUUUUUAAAAGCAUCAAACCUAACAAUUGACUCACUUUUUCAUUUAUCUCAAAAUGAAGACUUUCUAAGAAUCAACAAUGGUACCUUAGAUUUAAAAAAAGGUUACUUUUAUUUAUUCAUGACUAAGCUUCUGGUUGAUUUCGAGAGGCAGCUAUUUAUUGAAAUUAUGAAAUUUGUUACUUUUGAAAUCUACUACCAAUCUUUUAUGACAUUUAAUCCCUUAAUAAUUUACAAUGAUCUAUUCAUAGAUUGA